AUGGUUGAGUACAACCGCCGGACGAGUUCGUGGGAUGCCCAGCGAUCGAGACGGAUUUUCCAAGUGGCACAGUACAACUGGAUCCUGAUCCCCCUGCUCUUGGCGAUUGCUUAUCCUAUAACAUAUCGAUUGCUCGACAAUCCCGAGACCUCGUACUUCCAUAUACCUGUCGAUGACUCUACAUCCUGGAAUUGGGGCGCAUUUAUAUGGCUUGUCAUGGUCCUCCCAAGCAAACCUUUCCAUCACUUCUCCAUGCUCGCUGCCUGCUGGCCAUGCAACCCCUUUCGGCUGACCGAGACCCCGACCAUACGAAAUUUUAGUAGACUGCUCAUAUGUCUAGUAACUCGGGGCGACCAGGAAGACGUUGUGCGACGGUCCGUGCUGGCAAUGCAAGACAUGAUUUCAACCUUUGGGCCUAAAGUGUCACUGCACAUCUUGACCGAAGAGGCAAACUCCUAUAAAUUCCGGCGGACUUUCGAUGAACAUGUCCCUGUUCAUGGCGUUCCCGCAUCCCACAAAUGUCGCCUGGCCAAGUACAAAGCGAGAAGUCUGGAGUGGUUCCGGAUCCACAUGAGAUUGCAAGAUGACGACUGGGUGUUGCACAUUGACGAAGAGACCGUGAUCGAUGAAUAUUGCAUCGAAAAAUGCUUCGAUUUUAUCACGAAGCAGAAUAGCAACGAGAUAGGAACGGGCGUUAUCCACUACAACCUCGAAGGCUUCUGGAAUUGUAUCCUCCCCACUAUAGGCGACCUCAGCCGUGUCCAAGACGACUGGGGCCGCUGCCAGUGGUCCGCGAAUUACCGCCAGCGUGCAUCCCUGGGCAUCCAUGGCGCAUUCUUUCUCUGCAGUGGAAAAGUAGAAAACGCAGUGACAUGGGAAACGGCACACCUCACCGAGGACUACUGGUUCCUUCUCCGUGCUAUGAAACAGAACUUCCGCAUUGGGUGGAUCCCAGCAAUUGCUAGAGAGGUCUCUCCACGCUCUGUUGGUGACUAUGUCCGACAGCGCCGUCGAUGGUACACCGGGAUCAGAACUCUCGGCCAGCUUGAGGGAAAAUGGGUCCUAUUCUGCUGGCUUUGGGGGUUCGUGGACCUUGCAUACUUGCUUUGGAGGUUUGCGGCCGGAUCUUCGCCAGAGCCAGUCCCGCGGUGGCUGUUGUGCGUCAUCGUGUUUGAGCUGUCCUGCUUUAGAUUGUUCACGGCGUUGAUCGUCUUCGUUCAGGACUGGGAUGCAGCUGUUUCUUGGUCGAGUAUGAUGUACUCUCAGGUAAUGGCACAGCUCCUGAGACCCUAUGUGGACCUGCUUGACAGUUAUGCGGUGGUUCUUUCAUUGUUGGUGCCUGAGAAGGGGUUUUAUAUUGUUCAGAAAAAGUGA